UGUGGACAUAUGUGUACCUGGCUUUUGUAGUGCAGAGCAGCCCUAUAACGUCUGGACAUCUCAGCAUGAGUACCAGCCUGACGUCCCCAAAAUGGUCAGUACUCACCAUUCUCAUAUUCCACCUGUGUUCGGCCAAACUACAGCUGCAACCCAAACCUGGACCUGUCUCUACACCAGACCCAGACUCCGAGCUUAUUCCCUACAAACCCAACUCCGCACCCUGCAAGCCUUCCUCCAACAGUGACAUGAACGAGAGGUUCAACAAGCACCAUUUGGCCCCACUAAGCUCCUAUGGAACCGACCGUAAACUGUGGACUAAAUACAUUAAACGUAUUAAAGUCUGCAAUAACAAAAGUGGCAUAAAGAGCUUUCUGGACAAGAGUGAGGCAAAGCAAGUGGAAAAUGUUUGUUCACCUUCAGGGGGCAAAUUAUUUGAAAAAGGCAAGAACCUGUGCAUCAGCAACCAGGCUUUUAGUUUCAUUGAGGUGCGUUGGGACAACAACUGCAAUGUUUGGGAAGUUAGCAGUGUGACCCAGCACAUCAUUCUUGCCUGCGACAAGAUUAAAAAUAAAUGCCUCCCAGUUCAUUUUGAAAAGAACCCUCAGAACCGGCGGCCCAAUGCGAAUUUCCCGAACUGUGGCACCUCUGAGUAGGAGGAUUCAGCUGAGGAUGGGGGAAAUGAUGAGGAACUCUGUGCUUAGCAGGUGUUUUAAGGCGAAGGUGAACAAGGUGAAUCGUUCACAUGUAUUUUCUUUUCCAAAAAUGUUUUGAUCAAAAUUUCCAAUGCAUAAUGUACUGAAUAUGUUUCAAAUGAAGGGCAAUAUAAAUCAAUGUACUGUGCAAAUAAAUGUGCACCAUAAA